UGUCAAUAUAACUAAUAACGUGUUCGUAUCUGUGGCGGUGGCACAUAACCUAAUAAGAUUAAAAGUAUUUUUAUUUCAUUUUAUAUUUAUAAAUUAUAUUUGGAUCGAAAGAAAAUUGUAAGCUUAACUAAGGUUUUAUUUAUUGAUCUCUAUAUUGUAAGACAUAAUCAAAAUGUCUGAACCCACUGAAAAAUCGUUGGUAGAACGAACCAGCCGGGCGGAGAAAGAAGCGAGAGCUAUAGAGGAAGAACUGGAAAAAAUAUCACAAGGAGACCUCAGUUUCAUAGGUGAUCCUAGGCUCGAGCAACUUUUAACUGAAAACGAAAAACUAAAACACCGCUUGGUAAUUCUUGAAAACGCUGUAAAAGCGGAAGCGGGCUCAUCAUCUUCAACAAACAAAGAGAGUUCAAAGAAAGAGCCCAAGAAACGCCCCAUUCUAGUCACCGACAUCACCUCCGUCGAAGGAAAUAUUUGUGUUGUGAAUGAAUUGAAAAAUAUUUUUGAACAUUCAAUUACAUCAGCCUAUCCAGAUCUAGUGGACCCACCGGUCGUCAUCACUCUCUCUGGCAACAAUCCGAAAUUUGGUGAUUACCAGUGUAACUCAGCUAUGGCAAUAUCCCAGUUAUUGAAAGCUAAAAAUAUCAAGAGUAGCCCUCGGGAAGUGGCCAACAAUAUAUUGAACAAGACAGCACCAUCACCUAUUAUAGAAAGGAUUGAAGUGGCCGGAGCAGGUUUUCUUAAUAUAUUUUUAAGUAAAGCGUUUGCAGAGCAUGUUUUAAAUUCUAUAUUAAAAUCUGGUGUGAAAUCUCCCCAGGUGAAGAGGGAGAGGGUAAUUGUUGAUUUUUCAUCACCCAACAUUGCCAAAGAAAUGCAUGUGGGACAUCUACGCUCAACUAUUAUAGGAGACAGUAUUUGUAGGAUAUUAGAAUUUCUAAACAAUGAUGUGCUGCGUCUGAACCAUUUGGGUGAUUGGGGCACCCAGUUUGGAAUGCUGAUUGCUCAUUUACAAGAUCAAUUCCCCAAUUUUAAAACUGAAUCUCCACCUAUAUCAGAUUUGCAGGCAUUUUACAAAGAGUCCAAGAAGCGGUUUGAUGAGGAUGAGGAAUUCAAGAAGCGGGCAUAUGCUUGUGUUGUCCAACUACAAUCACACCAACCAGACUACAUUGCUGCAUGGAAACUCAUCUGUGAGGUAUCUCGUAAAGAGUUCCAGAAGAUAUAUGACCGGCUUGAUGUAAAGAUCAAAGAUCGAGGAGAAUCAUUCUACCAGGACAGGAUGGACUCAGUGGUGAAAAUGUUGAAAGAACAAGGGUAUUUGGAAGAGGAUGAAGGAAGGUUGAUCAUGUGGGGGGAUGAAAAACAUGAAGGGAUUCCUCUCACUGUGGUAAAGUCCGAUGGGGGAUACACUUAUGAUACCUCAGAUUUAGCAGCCAUUAAACAACGUGUCGAUGAAGAAAAGGGUGACCGUUUCAUAUAUGUAACAGAUGCUGGUCAAUACACACAUUUCAUGACAAUUGAUGCCUGUGCCAGACGGGCUGGUAUACUGAAGGAUGGUCAAAGGGUUGAACAUGUUGGCUUUGGAGUUGUGUUGGGUGAGGACAAGAAGAAGUUCAAAACACGGUCUGGAGACACCAUUAAGCUCAUAGAGUUGCUGGAUGAGGGCCUAAAACGGUCAUUAGACAAGUUAGUUGAGAAGGGACGGGACAAAGUCCUCACACCUGAAGAAUUAAUGCUGGCUCAAGAAGCAGUUGCUUAUGGGUGUAUUAAAUAUGCCGAUCUCUCACAUAACAGGGUGAAUGAUUAUAUAUUUUCAUUUGACAAAAUGUUAGAUGAUAAAGGAAACACUGCCGUAUAUUUACUGUACGCCCUAACUCGAAUUAGGUCUAUAGCUAGAACUGCUCAAAUAUCAACUGACACAUUACUUGCUGAAGCUCAAAAGAGUGGUUUAAAAUUAACACAUGAAGCUGAAUGGAAAUUAGGAAAAGUUCUUUUGAGGUUCCCUGAAAUUAUUCUUAAAGUGUCAAGUGAUUUGUACUUACACAGUCUAUGUGAAUAUUUGUAUGAGAUUUCUUCCGCAUUCACAGAAUUUUAUGAUAAAUGUUUCUGUGUCGAGAAAGACAAGGAAGGAAAGAUAGUCAAGAUUUACUAUGAAAGGUUAAUGCUGUGCGAAGUAACUGCGCGUAUUAUGGAGCAGAGUCUUGAUAUUUUAGGCAUUAAAACAGUAUCUAGGAUGUAAGGGACGCCUAGCGCCAUUUUAACAUUUUUCUAGAUUUUUACAAUUAACACUAGUGUCUAAGUAAUUUAUGUAUGGUUUGCGUAUUAAAAAUGAAAGACGUAAAUUAA